AGUAGAUAUUGACGUACAGCACGUACCACACCAUAUCUCAUACACAGAAAGAAGAAGUAAAUACGAAUUCACAGAUUUGUAGGAAGAAAAUAGAAAAAUAAAAACAGAAAACACUCACAGAUAGCUGCUGCUCCUCCAUACAGAGUUUAAUUAAGAAUUCAACAAACGCUUUCUUAACACCUCACAUUAACAGAUACCACAAACUUUUAGUGAAAUAGUCCCCCUCCUCCUGAGUCUACCCACUUCCCCUCCAGCAAAGACCAGCAGCAGGAAGAGUAACCAGCAAUCAGCACCCCAUCCAGCCAGCCAGCUAGCCAGCCUUUGGGUAAGGACCUCAAUGGUUAUGAAAACAAUGAUGCUGUGGCGUUUCGCAUUAUCCCUGCUGGUCUGCCUCAUCUGUGCAUCCGUGGUGGUCCAAUGUGAUGAGAAGAAUAUUAACAAAUUGCUCAACAAUCAGGUGAUUGUCAGCCGCCAGAUAAUGUGUGUUCUCGAAAAAAGUCCCUGUGAUCAAUUGGGACGUCAACUUAAAGCCGCUCUGCCCGAAGUUAUUGUACGCAAUUGCCGUAAUUGUUCACCACAACAGGCCCAAAAUGCUCAAAAAUUAACUACAUUCCUACAAACGAAAUAUCCGGACGUCUGGGCCAUGCUGCUGAGAAAAUACAAAACAUAAACUGUGAAUGCCAAAACUUCUAUGCAGAAUGUUAAUCCUAACUAAGAUGGAGCAAACUAUUACAACUAUUCCUAAAACAAUAAUACAAUUCAACCCCAUGCGCACUUUUAAAUAACACUACUAUAUAAUAAAUACAAUAGAAACAAAGUAAAUAAGUAAAUGCCAACAUACAUUGAUGUAAAAAAAAA